GGCAGGGAGAAGCUCGUCUCCGAGAAGCGCCGGAGUUUGUGGUCUGUCAUUAUUGCUGUCCCAGGAACCACUGGAGCUCUGUGAGUGCUGAUCCAUACUUCAGGAGCCCAAGGGGACCCAGCAGGAUGGCAGCUUCCAGACUCCCCAUUCUUUUAGCUGUGGCAUUUUCUGUGUCCUGCGUUCUUUCCCACUCAAACAGGGAGAURUGGUUUCAGGAGCUUUUUCCACCUAACACAUGUCCUAUAAAUGCCAAGCCCAACACUUUUUAUGGCAUAAUGUUUGAUGCAGGCAGCACUGGAACGCGGAUUCACAUUUACACCUUUGUGCAGAAGAGCCCAGAAAAGCUUAUAGAGCUGGAAGGGGAAAUCUUUGAGUCUGUGAAGCCAGGUCUCUCUGCAUAUGCUGAUCAGCCUGAAAAGGGUGCUGAAACUGUCAAAAGGUUGCUGGACAUGGCCGUAGAUGCGGUGCCACCUCAUCUCUGGAAAAAAACGCCCGUGGUGUUAAAAGCUACUGCUGGGCUGCGCUUGCUGUCUGAGGAGAAAGCUCAGGCCCUGCUGUUAGAGGUGAGAGAAGUCUUUGAGGAAUCACCAUUUCUUGUUCCAGAGGACAGUGUGAGCAUCUUGGAUGGAUCAUAUGAAGGAAUUUUAGCCUGGAUCACUGUGAACUUUCUGACAGGGCAGCUGUCGGGCCAGAACCAGCACACUGUUGGGACUCUGGACUUGGGAGGAGCCUCAACCCAAAUCACAUUCCUGCCGCGGUUUGAGGAAACCUUGAAGCAAACUCCUGGGGAUUUUCUUACCUCAUUYGAAAUGUUUAAUAGCACCUACAAGCUCUAUACCCACAGUUAYUUGGGUUUUGGACUAAAAGCUGCCAGACUAGCAACACUUGGAGCUUUGGAUUCAAAAGCUGUAGAUGGACAGAUGUUCCGCAGUUCCUGUUUGCCAAAGCAGCUGGAGGCAGAGUGGCACUUUGGAGGAGUGAAGUACCGGUAUGGUGGCAACAAAGAAGGAGAAACGGGAUUCAAGCCUUGCUACCUGGAAGUACUGAAGAUCAUCAAAGGGAAACUGCACCAACCAGAUGAGAUUCGGGGAAGCUCCUUCUAUGCCUUCUCCUAUUACUACGAUCGAGCUGUUGACACCAACCUGAUUGAUUACGAAGAAGGAGGAGUUCUGGAAGUGAGAGAUUUUGAAAGAAAAGCCAAAGAAGUCUGUGAUAACAUGGAGAGGUUCAGCUCAGCCAGUCCUUUCCUGUGCAUGGAUCUCACUUACAUCACUGCUUUACUAAAGGAAGGCUUUGGAUUUAGGGACAGCACGCUCCUGCAGUUAACAAAGAAAGUGAACAACAUAGAAACCAGCUGGACUUUGGGUGCUACUUUUCACCUGCUGCAGUCUCUGGGGUUAACCUACUGAGCCGUGACGCUCCUGUGGACUUUGCCACUUCCGAAAGGCUGAGAAAGCAAAUGGAAAUCCCCAGGUACAUUGCCUAGCUGGAGUCAGUCAUAGAUUAGAAUAUGGACCAAAGGUGUAGAACAGAUCUUCAUCCAGGAUUGGCAUCUUGCACAAUGAGAGCUGCCACGGUAUGAUUUGUAACUCUGAUUGCCAUAAGUGAUGCAGAAGCUGCCUUCUGAAAGUCGGAAGGCCUGAACUCUCUCCGAGGGUCUUGAAGUUGAUUGUAUGCACGGGGCCUGAGAUGGCUUUCACAAGCACGUCUGAGCAGGCAGCCCAUUGCUAGAAGCACACGGUGCCAGGCACGCGGUUGCAGGCUAGACACACUUCAUUUCUCUCCCUCUCCCUUUUGUUUUAAAGACACGGAACUGAAAUUUGAUCAUGAAACCUUAAACAUAGAAAUUAAAGAGGGUAUCAACAGUCAUUCAAAGUGAGCUUCCCUGGGUCCUGCCAGCCUUAGAGCUCCAAGUUCYUGGCUGUUAGCUUAGCUUACACAUUGCAGGAUGGUACCAGACUUCGAAGGACUCAUCUAUAAGCACUCCUUGGACAUGGAUUUGGGAAAGGUGUCGGGGAACUUCAGCAUUUAUUCAGGCAGCAGCAGUGUCUUGAGCAGAAUGUGGGUUCCUGCUGUUUUAGUUCCCACCUUUGUGCUGCCCAUUAACUGCAGGAAACUGAGCRGCCACACCUGGCCACAGAGCUGGUACCUGGACCCAUUUCCCAUGUCCUGAAAACAAACAGUUGURCUGGCACAAGAGAGAACUGCCAGCUGUGUAAACUGUGUUGCCAAAGAAAUGCUCGUCACAUUUAUACCCGGUUCUGUUUCUCUCUUCGUAGCAAGGUGCUCCCAGCCUCCUUUCCUGUGAGUCGGGUGCUCCCGGGGCCCUCUAGUGCAGUAACUCAAAUUAACUGCAAUCAGGGAAGGGCCAAGGGCAGGACCAGCUAAGGGGAAGGGGGGGUUUAACCUGGGGGUAAAAACACUGCAGCCACUGGGCCUGAAUAUACUCUGAGCUGUUCUUUUCCCCUCGAGAAGCCUGGCCUCAUCCCUUCCUCCUCUCCCUUUGGGAUACACAGCUGUGCUGAAAGAGAACAUAUUUUCACUUGCUUAAUAGAUGAGGGAGUGAGAUGGAUAAAAACAGCAAAGGAGAGCAAAACCAGAAAUAGCUGUUCUCUUCACAUUAAUGUUGGAAACGUUAGACCCUUAGUCUGUUUUAAUUUGUAGAGUUAACUGGUUUUAAACUCUUUCUCCCUUSAACAUAGCAGAAGUGGACCCAUAACGACACUGGGUGACAGUGUGUGGGGGAAUCCUGACCGGAACGUGCACAGCAGCCUGUAUGUACCUACUUUUGUUAUAUACAGCAGGGCUGCAGAACAGGGCAUCCGAGGAAGGGGUUGCAGCUGUUCAGCUCUCUUGCUCAAGCCCAGGCUUUCUGGCAGGAUAGGAUGAAACUAUUUGAGUAACAUUUUAAAGUGACUUUUUCCAUCUGUUUUGAAGCUUAAGAAAAAUAAAGCAGUGGGAKAAGAGCCUUUUAAAUAAAGCAUCUUGGCAGCUAGGAUUCUGAUUUUUGUCUGAUUCGCUGUGGAGAGCAGCAAGAUCUCUAAAAAUCUUUGAGCCUCCAAAUCUGUUUUCUCAACAAACGUUCCUAGUCAGGACAACUGUUUUACUCCAUGAAAUAGCUGGCAGCUAGCUCAGCAGCUUGCUUCUAUGGAAUAAAAAAAAAUAACUUCUACUAACCAUGAAAUAUACAACUAAAAGAUUAAUUUGCCCCAAUCUUGAGAGAGCUGAAGUUGUUGCUGCCUGUGACCAAGGGAAGCUUUAAUUCACAGAUGUCUUGCAACGAACAUGUUACUCCKUUUAGGCAUUUGCACUAAUCUGUACCCCGUAAGGCACCUUUCUCACUUCUGUGAAAUUCAAGGCUACCCAAUCACUAGCUUUUCGGCAAGCUGGAUUUAAAAACAAUGGAGGAUUCCCAGCAAGGAGAGGAAAUAGGGGACYCAUGCCCUAAGCCAUCUUGCCAAGCAAUUGGAAGACUUAGAAGUUGCCUUAGUGUAAGCGCUAGUCCAUUUCUUGGAGGAAGCAGUGCAAUUUUUAAUGUAAUUUAUUAUACUACCCUUUCUCAUAUUUUUCUUUUUUUAUAAAGGGCAGCAUGUGUUUUUUGAAGUUCAGUCAGCAAGAGGAUGUCAAGGGGAGGGGAUGCAGCUAUCUGCACUUGUCCCACCGCUGGCAUCUUGCUGCAAAUUCAGGUUGUUUCUUUGAAAUACUAAAUGAGCAUCCAACCUUUCUUCUUCCUUCCCUGAGGCUGGCUUGAGGUUCAUGCUGGUAAUUGCCUCUGUGUCUCUCCAAACUUCCGCCUUCCUCUCUAGGAGCUUCUAUUUACACACCUGAAGGUGGCAGUUCUGGAGGCUGCCCUCUUUGCAUCCACAAGCUUUCCCAUUGCUCUGCCUGCUAUUUGGCAAAAUUUAGUAUAUGGUCUGGUCUGCACAACAAGGUUCCAGCCAGGAUAUUCAUCUUAUCCCCACAUGGGCAAUUACGUUGGUUGAGGGUUUUUUUCAGAGAGUACAGGUAGGAUGCAGUAGUUGACAGCCAAGCUCUGUCACUCCUGAGGACUGGCAAACUCAAUAAUCCAAAAGCCUUUCAGCCUGAACCAGUGCUGUGACACCUUCUCUUGCUUCGUGGUGGGGGUUAAUACCCACGCAGCGCGAGGUGCAGCUGAAACGGGCAGGAAAGGCCGGGUGCAAGGGACGUGCAGCAGAAGUGCACCUGCCUCUACACGAGCCCUGAGGAAUACUUAACAGUUUGGUUUUGGUGGACGGGAGGAGGGACUAGACCAAGACAUGCAGAGUAAGUUCCUUUUCUGUGUUCUUUUCACACUCUGGGAUUGCAAAUCCAGGGAGCAUCUGGAUGGGAUGCUGGGUGGGAGCAUCUGCUUUCCUGUACCUGUUGCAUUAAAUGUGAGUGCUCAGGGCCUUYGUGUGUCAGCGGCACAUUCGCUCACUACAGCAAAACUGCUGCUCUCACUCAGGGGCCUGAUCUGCAGUUAGAGARACAAAAACUCAACUUGAAGGUUUCUUUUGCAAGCAGCUGUAGAACUGAGCCCCUGCUGUUUACAUCCGCAUUACUGGUUUGAGGAGCUAAAGAAGCCAGUCAAAUCCUCACACUUACCUAGUGCAAUGAGAUUAUUUAUUAGCUUAACUAAAGGCUAAGCAGCUCUGUAAGAGAAGAGUUCU